UGCUUAAAGUUACCGGUUCGCCAAGAUGACUCGGACAUCACAAUAGUGGAGCGGCGCGGCGGAGGAUCCCCACCCGUGAGCAUGGCGGUGUGCUAGUGUAUUAAUGAAGACCGGAGAGAGCAGACGGAGGCGGAAAACACUAACAUGCGCCCCGAUCGAUUCACAUAAUCAGAUUUUAACGGACUGUGUGUUAAUACACCGAUGCCAGAGGCGGUCCGCUGGGUUUCUCCACGCAGUCUUCGUUUACUUCUAUAGGAUGGUUAGCUGAGCAGAUAAAAAGCACAAGUUAUUGGCGAUUGCACCUAUCCAGCCGUUCCCCGGUGUGAGUUAUAUGCGCGCGCGGGCCGCCGGUGCUCCGUGAUCAUGAAGCGCUGCCGCUGCGGGAAGCGAGGCGUGUUUAUGUCCGCGGACAGACCCGUUUAAACGCCCUAAACAUGAAUGCCAUUGUCAUGUCGAGUGCCGUGUGAGUUUAUUUUGAUUCUGUGAGCCGUUCAGACCGGAGAGAUGCGUGAGUAUAAAGUGGUGGUCCUCGGGAGCGGCGGGGUCGGUAAAUCCGCCCUCACCGUGCAGUUCGUCACCGGGACGUUUAUUGAGAAGUACGACCCGACCAUCGAGGAUUUCUACCGUAAGGAGAUCGAGGUGGACUCGUCGCCGUCGGUGCUGGAGAUCCUGGACACUGCAGGCACGGAGCAGUUCGCGUCCAUGCGGGAUCUGUACAUCAAAAACGGGCAGGGCUUCAUCCUGGUCUACAGUCUGGUGAACCAGCAGAGCUUCCAGGACAUCAAGCCCAUGAGAGACCAGAUCAUCCGAGUCAAGAGGUAUGAGAAGGUCCCGGUGAUCCUGGUGGGAAAUAAGGUGGAUCUGGAGGGUGAGCGGGAGGUGUCUGUGAGGGAGGGACAGGCUCUGGCCGAGGAGUGGGGAUGUCCCUUCAUCGAGACGUCUGCCAAGAGCAAGACCAUGGUGGACGAACUCUUUGCCGAGAUCGUACGGCAGAUGGACUACGCGGCACAGCCCGAUAAAGAUGAUCCGUGCUGCUCCUCCUGCAAUAUACAAUAACCCCAUAACACACACUCACACACAGAACUCACAUUACAGUAGCUUUGAUAGACCUUCUAGUGUCGACGGUUUUCCAUCAUGCUGUAUCUGCAGACUGACAGUGACUAUGAGGAUUUUUUUUUUUUUUUUCACUUUAAAUCCUGACUGACUCAACCACGGGAAGAGCACUUGCCUUAGGUUUCACAUUUCCUGUUUGAGCAGGAACCUUCAGUGGCGAUGAGUUGGACUUUUGUGUUCUUUUAUGUGCUUUUAUCACCAGGUCAAAGAGAGAGAGAGAGAAAAUAAGAGGGUUCUUAGCCAUAUGCUUGAUAUAGCCAUAUAAUCACUCAAUGAAGACUUUCUAAUCAUCCAUUUAUUUGGGAAUAGAUCCCUCAAAGUCAUCGGUAUCUCAUCUGAAACAUUAAGAGGAAGAAAAACAGUCAGGUGACUUCAGCUUUGUUCCAAAACCUAGUUAGCCACCUACCUAGACAGUAUGUUAAAGCCCAAAGUAUGCUCCCUAUGGUUUCACAGAAUGCAUUGCAGUGAGCUCUGAAAAAUUGUGUUGGAUGAGAUUCUAAAUAUAUUUGAUUUUCAUUCCACCCCAUAAUAUUUUACUGAAAAAUUAGUAAGAUUUGUUCCAUGUGGUUUUAUGCAUUGCUCACAGAAGUAUCGCGCUGUUAGCAUAACGGCAUGCUAAUGUCAGAGUAAAAUCAAAAUCACAAUAUGGGUUUGUGCACUUAUCAAAUCACAAACCUGCAGUUUAAAUGCAAAAAUAUAUGCUAGAAGUUUCUGAGUGAAAUUAUGGUCAGUGUUUUCAGUAGUUUAUAAAACAUUUAUAAACCUGCAGCCAAGAAAGGAGGAGCUUUAAAGUCGGCAUAAAACAGAAGUUACGAUUGUAUUGUAAAAAACAAACAAAACAAAAAAACAUUGGGCGGGGCUUGGUUUUAUUCUUUGGGAAUAGAUCAUUGUCAUUUGUUGUUGCUGCAGUCUCUUGUGAUUGACAGGUUGCACACUUACUGAUGUUGCUGCAAAGCGGGAGAAAAGUUUGAUUCAAUUAAUUUAAGCAUAAAAAUGAUCAUGCACAUGGGUAAAUAUUAAAAUAAUCACUGCAGUAGCAGUAUACAAUAAAAAUUCAGAUUUGCCAGUAAAAGUUUGAUUGGUUAAUAUUUGAUAAUGCUUUGUUUUAUUUUAUGUUGUUUUACAGUAAAACAGCAUUAUUUACUUUAGUAAUCAAUUUCAUGUUUUAAAAUGUAAUCAUAAUAAUCAUAGUAAAAAUAAUAAUUUGUUUUACAGUCAUAUUGAUAUAAUUGCUAUGAGUUUUGUGGAAUUUACAGAAGGAAAUAUACACAGCAAUCACAAUUCUUAGCAGAAAAAAAACAAUACUGUUCCACGAAACCGUUCAGUCUACAAAACCCAUCUACACAGAAUGUAGUAAAUACACAGUAAUGGGACUCGGUAGGUUUUGGAACAGAGCUCUUGUCUUUUAUGCUGCUUCCAUUUUUCAAGUCAGAUUUAGAAGAUGACUUCAGAAAACAGCAACUCUACCAUUAGCUCUGCAGUGAAACAAAUGUGAACAAAGAACUCUUUUAGCAACCAAAUUGGGGACGCUGUGCUUUACGCCUCUAGCAGUGGUUCUACUAUAGAGUAUCAACAGAGAGAACCGUUUAUCUUGUUUUUUUAUGUUGGCUAAACAUGUUGUAACAUGCAGUGUUGGACCUUUGACUCAUUGAUAUAUUUUAUUUGCUUAAAAGUUGAAUGUUUGACUGUGUAAAUCUCUGACUGCCACCAUGUCUGCAUCAUGAACCCUCCACCGUGAGUUUCAAGAGACUUCCAGUUGCGCUUUUCCAAGCGGGAAUGUUAACUUCCCAAGCGACUGGAAUGCAGUGUAAGUCCCUGUCUCAGAUUGAAUGGGGACACAUCUGGACACAUUAGUAUCUCGUAUGGCUCUGUAGGAAUUGCUCUUUUUCUGUCUCUCGUUUGUAUCACUCUCUUUCUGGCGUGUCUCUUCAGCAUCUCAGCUCCUUUCUACACUCGUUCUCAAUAUUCUGCCGUGCUCAUGUGGGUCAUUGAUGCUGACGAUGAUGGCUGUUGCUUGACUAUAUCCAUUUGUCCAGAGGUUGCCAGUUUAUGUUGGUAUCCUCCUCCUGGCCGUGCUUGAGGUUGGAUCUCAAGGCUGAACAUAUAGAGAUUACGGAGGUGUGUGAGCGAGUGUGUUUGAAUAGAGAGCUCUGAGUCAGUAUUGAUUUUAUAUUUUUUUAUGUGGUCAACUCUUCUGAUUGACUGAAUGGUGACCCUCUUUUUUUGUUUUGUUUGGCACCUAAAUAAAGUGCAACUGACACUCACAGACA